CCGGAGAAACUGAACUUGACCAUUAAGCGAGACAUGAGACAUGGCCAUGGAUGGUUGCAGCUUUGCGCGGGGCUGCGAUGCUGAGGGCGAGGCUUCACAAGGAGAUUCAGGCGACGGCCUUGCCCGGUGACGGCAGGGAGCCGGAGAGGGACAUAUCGCCGUUGGUCUUCGUGUCCAGGGGCGGCGAGCUUCUCAAACGCACCAGGCAGGGCAUCCUCCACUGGAAGCUCGUCACCGUGUACAUAAACUCCAGCUUCCAGGUGGUUCUCAAGAUGCAGAGUGCACAUAUGGCCGGCACCUUCAUCAAAACAAAAAAGUGUGUGAUCCUCGAUGUCUGUUCUGAGAUACCGGCAUGGGCUGGCAGGGAGCUCGAGGAUGGAAGCCAUAAGAGAGGAUACUUUGGGAUCAGGACGGUUGAAAGGGUGAUCGAGUUCGAGUGCAGGAGCAGGUAUGAUCAGCAUAAGUGGGUUCAGGGCAUCACGGAGAUGCUGGUCCGCCGGGAUAGCAUGAACAGUGCCUUGUAAAAUGACGAUCGAGCAUUUGUGAGAUGCGUGAAACAUUUGCCUUGUAUAUUUGGCUUCUAAUUGCUGAAAUGGGAACUUCAAUUUAGGUUGUGAAAACCAAGCAAUCACGACUUAAACGGAGAAAAUCUUUCGAUUCCACAUGGAAUUCACAACCUUGCAUGCAGAAAGAUCCAAUUUUCAA